AUGCAACCGAGCGAGCAUGACUGGUGGCGGGACUGCUUCACACGUGGCAUUUCCGGCCUUUUCCUCCGAGUCGUGUUUAUAAUCGCCCUGCUUCUCUUCGCCUCCUGUCGGGUUGCAAACUCCAGCAACUUUAAAGAAUCUCUCAAUAAGGAACCUAAGGAGUCAGCUUAUAUUGCCAGUUCCAAGUCUAGCCCGAGUCACCGCACUUCUGAAGAAGCGGUGCCGUUCGUCGAUUCUAAGGACACGCGCGGAAUAACCGCUGAUCCUGCCACGUCAGACGGACCUGUCGGCACCAUUGUUCCCUCGCAGUCCACACUUCUUCCAAGACCAUCCUCCUCGUCGAAUGUUCUAAUCACGCUAUUAGACGGCUCGAUAAGAGCCGUAGACUCGCGAACCGGCGAGGUGAAAUGGACCUUCGCGUCCGGUCAGCCGCUCGUCUCCGCUGCAGGUCCAGCGCAGGGCGCAGGAGCGGAAGGGGGAUUGGCGGAAGGAAGGCUGGCAGAAGGUGUAGGGGAAAGGGGAGCGGAGGAGAGUGCGCACGGGGGGAAGGCUAGGCAUGGGACGGCGGAAAGAUGGGGCGGGGGAGAUGAGAUGGACUGGGACUAUGAGGAGGAUGAGGAUGAGGAGGAGGGGGAGGGGGAAUGGGGAUGGGGGGGAGUGAGGAUCGGAAAGGGGAAUGGUGCGCGUGGCGGUGGGGGUGGCGAGAGAGAUGGGAGUGGGAAGAUUGGUGGGAAGGGGGAGAUGGGAAAGGGAAGGGGGAGAGGGGCGGGCAAGGAGAUGGUUAUUCCGGGGGUGAAUGGGCGCCUGUACUCGUACAGGGAAGGGCUUGGCUUACAGGAGCUGCCCAUAACAGCCAAAGAGCUCGUGUCCGCCUCGCCUUCAGUCACCCGCGACGGCGCGACCGUGAUCGUUGGAUCACAGAAAUCAACGGCCUUCCUGCUCGACCCAGUCACAGGUGCCGUGUUGCGCUCCUUCGACCCGCUCGCUCCUCCGGGCGGCGGCGGCUUGUCCUUUUCUGCGACAAGUAAUGAUGGCAACGAGCAGAUGGACGGCCCUCUGGCGGAUUGCCUGAAAAUGGCUGAAGAGGAGGGCGGUGAAGGCGUGGGGAUAGAUGGAGGAGUAGGGUUCCUGGAAGGUUCUAGGAGCAGUGAAAGGGAGGGAGCAGAAGGCGUACCUCAGCAGCAACAGCAACAGCAGCAGCAGAAGAAGAAGAGGGAGUGUGAUCGCCUGCUUGCGUCGUCCCUGCUGGUGCUCCGAACCGACUAUGUGGUUCGGGCGGUGGAGCUCAGGUCUGGCAAGCAGCGGUGGAAUGUCAGCUUCGGCGAGCUGAGCCCCGUGAAUGGAGCUCUGCUGGGUCUAGCGGGAGGCGUGGGGGGAGGCGUGGGGGGCGGAGCACCCAUUGGGGGAGUUUUGGGGGGAGCGCUGGGGGCGGGAAGGGAAGGCGGAGGGGGAAGAUCAGGGAUGGAUCUCACAGGUAGAGGCGUGUUUGAUGGUCACGGGAGUGGGGUGCCUAACGCUGCUGCUGCUUCACUGGCAGUGGCUAAACGACAGCUCUUGCCAUCCAGCGUUUCUGGAGAAGAUUCGGAGCCAGAUAUUGAUCUGGGAAUCGGGGCGGGGGGACAAGGGCAGGGGGAAAGGGAUGAGAUUGGAGGUCUAGGUUUGGCAGGAUUCAACAGAGGGUUAACUGCUGCAGCUACCACGAGUAUGGACCCAUCGGAAGAGGGUAAUUCUGACAUCUACUCCAUCCAGCUGACCAACACCCAAACAGGGCAGCAGGCAUGGCAGACAACUUUUUCGUCUGCCCCGCUCGCAGCGUUCACGCCGUCGGGCAGACUCGUGCAGGAAUUCGUGUCGCGCGAUUCGUCCAAGGACACGGGGCCCGGGCAGGUGCUGUAUGUGGGGCGUGUGGCAGGCAGCCCGUUCGCCCUCGUCACUCCCAGCUCCACUGACGCGCCCAAUGCUGCCCUCCCCCUCCUCCCAGCCUCGCCCCACUCCCCCUCUGACGGCCUGCCUACGGGCAUGGCUGCAGGCUUGUCAGGUGGUGGAGGGGUGGGUGGUGGUGCUGUGGCGGGUAGGACAGGCAAGUUCACAGUCACAGACCCGCCUAGGAUUGCAGGGACGCGAGGAGCUAGUGUUGCUGCUGGGGAAGCUGGUGAUGGGAAUGGCGGUGGUGGUAGGGGCAGGGGUAGAAGUAGGGGGAGGCUAGGCACUGGUGCUGCGAGUGGCAGUGGUGGGAGUGGCAGUGGGGAUGAUUCGCUGUACCCUAUAGUGGUGAGGGCGCCGGGUGCAGCAGCUGCUCUGUAUGACGCCAUGGGGUGCGCUGACAGCCCUGCUGUGCACGGGGGCAUUGACCUGGCAGGGGCUGACCUGUGGGGGCGCGGCAUUGGCGCUGGUGACACUAUCGGGGUUGCUAGUAACGCGGAUAUGGAGCUUGGUGCAGGCAGAGGGGAGAAGAACCGCCGCCUUGGGCCUCCUAAGGACAUGGAGCCUGCUGUGGGGCCCCAGGCCCCGCCCACCCCGCCAAACCUCCUGUCCUCGUUCGGAAUCCUGGCUGCCGCAGCUGCCACCCUGGCUGGGAUAGUAGCCGGUGCUUCGCAGGAUGACCCGGCCAAUGGGAUCGUGCCAUCUGGACAAGACGCCGCAGGGGAUCCAGGCAGGGAGGAUGCAGGGCAGGGCGAAUCUGGGGGAGGGAGGCUGAGCAGGCUGCUGGGGAGUGUGGGCAAGCUGGGCAGUGGCAGCAGGCAGAACAGCGCUGGGAAACUGAUCUCCCGCCGAGGCAGCCGCGACAACGAAGGGCCAGGAGAGGGCCCGGGCGGGGGUGGGAUUGACAGCCACACAGCAGGCAAGGAGGAGAGGGAGGAGGACGGGGAGGAGCGGGAGGAGGGGCGAUGGGUGGGGCGGCUGUUUGUAUCCCGGCGGGUGAUCGGGCACGGGAGUCACGGGACGCUGGUGCUGGAGGGGCGGCUGGAGGGCCGACAGGUGGCCGUGAAGCGGAUGCUGUCUCAGUUCUACGAGCGCGCGCGGCAGGAGAUAGCGGCGCUGAUUGCGACAGAUGAGCAUCCCAACGUGGUGCGGUGCUUUGCCAUGGAGGAGGACGAGUCGUUUGUGUAUGUGGCUCUGGAGCGGUGUGCUUUCAACCUUGCUGAUCUCGUCCGGAUGCGGGGCAAGCUAUCAGACAUGGGCAUCAGCAAGAGGCUCGGCGACGGAGCAAGUUCCUUCGACACGAUGACCGCAGGCUCGGGCAGCAGCGGGUGGCAGGCGCCAGAGCAGCUAGAAGACGGGUCGAGGCUGACAAAAUCAGUGGACAUGUUCUCAUUCGGGUGCCUGGUGUUCUUCUGUGUGAGCGGCGGCAGCCACCCGUUUGGAGAGUGGUUUGAGCGUGAUGCGAAUGUGGUGGCGGGGAGGGCGGACCUGUUCCCCAUCGACCACGUGCCUGAGGCGCUGGAUCUUGUUGCGGCAUUGCUUGAUAGAGACCCUGAGAAAAGGCCCCCAGCGCACGAGGUGCAGAGGCAUCCGUUCUUCUGGUCAGCAGAGCAGCGGCUGGCGUUUCUCCGAGACGCCAGUGACCGCGUGGAGGGGGAAGACCGCGAGGCCCACUCGCCUCUCUUGAAUGCCCUAGAGGCAGUGGCGCCCAGGGCCAUAGCCCGCAAGGGGGGGAUUAGUAAAGCGCCUGGGGAGAAGGGCGGUGGGUGGAACGAGCGUGUGGAUGGGGCGCUGCUGGGGAAUCUGGGGAAGUACAGGCGGUAUAACUUUCACAGUGUGCGGGAUCUGCUUAGGGUGAUUCGGAACAAGUGCAAUCAUUACCGGGAACUGCCGUCCGAGCUGCAGGAGCUUCUGGGUCCGCUGCCUGAUGGGUUCGAGAGUCUGAUGGUUCGCACGUCAGCGAGCCAUCUUAAGUCGAAUCACUUCCCUGUGUUUUUUAUGCCACGUGUCUCGUUCUGGUCCGCACUCAUCCCCCUUCUGCUCCAAGAUCCUCCCCCCAAGUCUUACAAUGUCCAAAUCCACGGGACAAACUGGAUUCUUCGCAUUGGGUUUUCGCUUGCUGGUGCAGCCGAGUUUGCAGCCAAUAGCGCUUUUCGCAAACCAUCCCUUGCUCCUGACCUGAAGCCACCACGUUUUCAAAAGCUCGUGCGUCUUGAUAUUGCCAUGGCAGCAGCGCUUGCCUCUCCUCUCGCGUCUCGCAUUGUUGCCAUCAGCCGAGCCCGUCGUCUAUCCAACGGUGCCACCGCAUUCAACGGCGUGCAACAAGCGAUCUUGGGAAAUUCUUAUUCGCUGGAACGCGUUACCCGCGCCUCGCCGUCUCUCCCCGUUUCCCGACGGGCGUCUCGAUCGCGAGUGGUCAUGGCGUCAGCGGCAACGGCGAGCGGCGAGGAGCUGGCGGAUUUCGUGGCUCGCGACAACCGUCGCAUGCUGCACGUCGUCUACCGCGUGGGCGACCUGGAUGCCGCUAUCAAGUUCUACACGGAGUGUCUGGGCAUGAAGCUGCUGAGGCAGCGCGACAUUCCCGAGGAGAAGUACUCCAACGCCUUCCUUGGCUACGGGCCUGAGACCUCCACCUUCGUUGUUGAGCUCACCUAUAAUUACGGGGUGGACUCAUACGACAUUGGAGCGGGCUUUGGGCACUUCGGCAUCGCUGUUGAGGAUGUGUACAAGACGGUGGAGGUGGUGAAGUCGCAGGGCGGCAAGGUGACUCGCGAGGCUGGCCCUGUGAAGGGCGGGCAGAGCGUCAUCGCUUUCGUUGAGGACCCGUCUGGGUACAAGUGGGAGAUCAUUCAAAGGCCACCUACUCCCGAGCCACUGUGCCAGGUCAUGUUACGAGUGGGGGAUCUGGACAGGGCAAUCAAGUUCUACGAGAAGGCUUAUGGCAUGAAGCUGCUGCGAACUAGGGACAACCCCCAAUACAAGUACACGAUAGCCAUGGUGGGGUAUGGCCCCGAGGCAGAGAGUGCGGUGGUGGAGCUCACGUACAACUAUGGCGUGGAGUCAUACGAAAAGGGCAAUGCCUAUGCACAGAUAGCGAUAGGAACAGACGAUGUGUACAAGACAGCAGAGGCCAUCCGGGCGGCGGGCGGAACCAUCACGCGUGAGCCGGGCCCCAUUCCGGGCAUCAACACCAAAAUUGUGGCGUGCCUUGACCCCGAUGGGUACAAAACGGUUUUUGUUGACAACCAAGACUUUCUUCGCCCCUGGGCGUACCGGCUCACAUGUGUGCCGUGCUACACUGCAGCCAUCCCUCCUCUUCGUUUGCAGAGCGUUCGCGACCUACUGCUUGUUAGCGGGUUGCUGGGGCGCGCCUCUCUCGCUAAUCCUCGGCCCCAUGGCCUACCGGUUCACAUGCGUGCCGUGCUACGCCUCCUCCAUCCCCUCCUUCCCUUAAUCUGCAGGGCAUUCGCCACCUACUGCCUGGUGGGAGGGUGCUGGGGCGCGCCUCUCUCGCUAAUCCUCGGCCCCUGGGCCUACUGGCUGACGUGUGUGCCGUGCUACGCCUCUUCUAUGCGCCGCCAGCUGCGCCACAAGAAGGGGCUGCACGAACGACCCAUGGAUGACUUCGCCGCCCACUGCUGCUGCCACCCCUGCGCGCUUUGUCAGGAGUACAGGGAGAGCCACGAGUUUGACCUGGAGCUGGUGGCAGGCCCAACGCACCCCACGGUGGACCGACAGCCACCAGAAACCGCAAGGCACCUGGAGCACCUGCAGGAGGCGCAGCAGAUGGAGCGGUGA